AUCGCUUUUUGUGUCUUAAACAGCUUUUUGUCUUAUACAACCAUCAUUUUGAACAUUGUUACCAUCCAUGCGAUAAGGAAAACCGCGUUGUUGCCGAAACCUUUGAGAACAUUAUUACUGAGCAUGGCUGCCUCCGAUGUUGGCGUUGGUUUGUUGGUCCAACCGCUCUACAUUUCUACUUUUGUCAGCCGGUCAAAGCAAAAACGUAUCGACUGUAUUUACCACAAGGGAUUGUCCGCCGUUAUUAUUUUCUUUUGCAUAUCCUCACUCUUUAAUGUUGUAAUCAUAAGUGUGGACAGGUUCUUAGCUGUUCAUCUUCAUCUCAGAUAUCAAGAGCUUGUGACUCACAGGCGCGUCAUCGCAGCGGUGAUAUCAAUAUGGCUGUUAAGCGCAAUUAUUUCUUCUAGUGUCUUUUGGAAUCCAUUGCUUUUCAGCUCAGAAGUCUUUGAGCUCGUGAUUAUGACUGUUUGCCUAAUUCUGGUGGUAAUCGUCUACUGGAGAAUUUCUAUAGUCUUAAAGCGACACAAAAAUCAGAUUGAAGGCCUUCAAAUCCAAGAAGUACAACAGGGAGUUCAAAAUGGCGACUUAUCUAACUUUUUGAAGCUUCGAAAGUCAGCUCUUGGAACAUUUUAUGUAUGUAUUGUGUUCUUGAUUUGUUAUUUGCCUACCUAUAUUCUCUCUUUUUUAUUCAUGGCUCGCCUUUUAAGUUUAAUCUCUUACUACAAAGCUCAGCCCUAUAUAACGACUUUCUUUUUCCUUAACUCGUCUUUGAACCCUGUUAUAUACUGCUGGAAGAUGGGACCCAUUCGUCGCACUCUCAUGGACAUAAUGCGAGGCAUCGUCAAUCGGUUCAGACAAUAGUAUUUGUUAUGAGUAAUUGUUGUUGUAAAUAGAAGCUUAUAAAAAAGUCCAGACUGCUUAGUCAUUGUGAUAUGCGUACCAUAGAGCUUCCUGAAAUAUUUCAUCAAGUCACGCAAUUAUUACGUAAUACUAUUAAAAUAGUUAUUUUGUAAGCUUCUGGAAUGUUCAAUACCACUUGCUGAAUGUAUGUAAGGACCCGGUUAUGUAGUAGAAGUCGUAGUUGUUGUCAGGAGUAACAGACUGUUUAGAAAGCUAUACCGUGAGAGAGAACUACAGUGGAAGAUUGUUAAUUUCAAGAAAAGUUGGAGGAAACUGAGUUCUACUCAGUGGCGAGUUAAGAUAUAGACUGUAGUGGGCUUAAGUAAGUUUAUGGAGCGUAAGAACUGUACUGCCUUUAAGAGUCGCUUCCUAUUAAGAAUAUCACUCGUUGUGUAAUAAAGUAGUUGAGUUUGUAGGAUUGUAGUGUUUUUCACAUUGGUUAGGUUCGUUUCUGAUGCCAAUUCACAAUCCAUAGGAUGAAAGCCUCGGCCAUCGUUAAAUUAAACUUGAUCUGUCGAAAGUGUUUGAGGAAACCUGAGGGAGGAUAAACUUUUAAAGUUAGGAAAAAUAUACAUUGAGGUACUAUAGAGUCAAGCAUAGGAAAGUAUCAGUUGCUAGUUUCAAGCGCAUUUUGUACGAGAAAUUUAUAAAUGACCAGGAAGCUUUCUCCCUAUUUGAAAUAUUAUUUCAAGGUUAUGUCAUCAGUUAAUACAUGUAUAUAGCAUGUGAAUUAAAUACAAAACCGACUUUUAGAUCGCUUUAUAGUGUAAUAAGGACAUGAGUUAAGUAUAACCCUCUUUGAAUAAAGCCUUUACUUACUUGCGAUCACACAGACUUCCAGAAUUCAGUUGUGCAGUUUCUGACAUAAAGAAUAAUAUUAAGUCGAUUAGACUUGAUGGUUGUCUAUUCGACUAAAGGUCUCAACUUUGUCAACAGUAACACGGGCAAUUACUAACUUAGGCAAUACAGAAGGUUAUACAUUUUAUGCUAAUUACACAAAUUACAAGGAGCUCUACGCCUUUCACUUAGACGGUUAGUCCGUUUUGAAAAUUUUAGCCUCAAUUGUUACUAUUUUUAAUUGCACCCUGCGCCAAUCACCACUGUUCUCGUCUACCCUUGUUUUUUUUUCGGCAUAUUGGAACUUUUUUUAGUGUUUAUCUUCCACAGCAAACAAACACCUAUUCUAAAAGAGAAGAUUCCUUGUGGAGCCGAAGAGACCACAAAUUACAUGACGUAGCUUCUUCAUAACUCCAGUCGGUGGGAGACCAGUUGGCCUAUGUACAAAGAAUGACGUCAGACUCCAACCUCGCUCCCAGGAGGAGGCUGGCUGGAGUAAGGCCACAGACAUCCGGAUUGCGAAUCACGCACUCAGAUCCACUUUAGUUCUCUCUGCCAUUCUAAGAAAAAUUAGUGAUGCAUAAAGUUAACUUUCUUAUUGAAAUUCUCACUAAAGUCAGUUGUCACUAGUCGAUCGACAAGGAAUGCCCAGAUUCCUCAGAUCCCCCUGUACAGAUCCACCACAGGGCAAAGAACAAUUUAUUUUAGGAAUGUCAAACUUUGGAAUUCCUUGGGCCUUUCAGCCUAGUGGAGAUGGAUAUUGACAGAAUUCAAACUCUACUUAAAGAAACAAUUUAUUUUAACCUCUUCACAGAUCAUUUAAUUUCUUAUUUCACAUUAAUUUUAUUCGAUCAAAUCCCCUGAUGAGUGUGCAAUCACGAAACAGGCUUGUAAGGAUGAAAGUGUGGUCUGUCUGUUUUUUUUUCACCUAUCGCAAAAUAUAUCGCGCUCUACUUCUAUGUAUCGAGCACUGUAAAACGGUAAAAUCAAUACACAGACUUCCUAUAUAUCUACAUAUAUGUAUGUAUAUGUAUAUAUACACAUUCAUACUAGUAUAUCAGUAUAUCUGUCUGUAUUUUUAAGCCGCCAUUUCCGAGUUAUUAGUUCUCGCGAUUUUUAUUUCCAUUGUUUUUCCCCCAAAUUCUCAGUACUCGUAGGUUGAAGUCUGAUAUAAUGGGCGUAAGUAUACUCAUAGUUCAGAAACUAUACCAGAAAACCUUAACAAGGACAUCAGUGUCCUAAAGAGUUAAAAGAAAACAAAAAUAAAAAGGCAAACAAACAAACAAUAAAUCCGAAAGUAAAUAGACACCAACCAACUUGCAAAGUGAGAAUACUAUAUGAAGGCUUGAAAUUAUAUUACGAUCGAUUUUCAUUAGGAAAUGGCUCAGGAAUAUUCCAAAAUAGUGUAAAUAAUCGUGAAAGCUGACCGCGGAGAAGCGAUUGCGUGACGCUCGGUAAGUUAUCAGAUGACAUGUUAUCACAUACCUGACGAAAAAACUCUUUAGAUUCUCAGUCUGCAUUUUGUACCCACUCUGCAGUCUGCAGUUUAGAUUUUGUACCCAGUCUACAUUAUUUAUCCUGCAGUCUAAAGUCUGCAUUUUGUAUUGAAGGGUAUCCGUGGCACCAAUACAGUUUAUUUUUGAUUACAGUUAUUCGCACAACACACACAAUCUACCACAAAAUACCUGUGUGUGAGUUAAUUCGACAUUUUCGUUCUUUGCCGUGUUAAUAUUCUUCUUUCCUUUUGUAAAAAUGUAGACAUCACUUACAAUGUUCCAUCAAAAUUCUCAUUUAUUGACGGCCGAAAUCGGCCGGUGGCGAAUCAUCCAGUUGUCGAUUUUCGUUCUCAGUCGCGAGAAACGCCAACACCAAAGCCACUGCAUACGUAACUUUCGGUUUUUCUUUUUGUAUAUUGGAUUUUCCCCUUCUAAGAAAGUUUGAACCUCACUUUCUGUCAGCGAGACGGAUUUUUUUUAGUGUUUUAGCCGCCAUAAUCCGUGAAAGUUCUGACAGACUACCUUGUGCCGAGAAUCGUGAAGGCUAGCCGUUCAUCCAUCAACCUGACCGAGUGGCGCCAAAGGCGAGUGACGUGUCAGCAGCUGAUUGGCUAUAUCAACACACGUGGAAAAAAUACGAUCUUUUUAACUCGUGAAUUGCGCGCAUGCGCAAGAGCGAGUUAUAGAUACGAUGUGGGGAAUACCAUUCGCUCGCUCGCUCGCUCGAUUGGUCGAUUCCUGUAAACUUUUUUUCAAUUUUAGGCUUUUGAGUGCAUUUGAUAGUUUUUGGCGAGCAAUAAACAGACGAAAUGGCGACCUUUGUUGCUAGGAAUAGUGGUGGGGUGAAAAAGAAGCCAAUGAUAAUCUUUAAAGAGUUUUUUUUUUUCGUUUUAGUUUCAACAAGCGGCGCCAGCGACUGGCAGGCAUGCAAGGAUUCACACUGAAAUAACAGAACAACCUUCGUUUUUCAUAAAAUAGUAAUUUACAAUCCUUGAACUUGAAAACAAUCCGAAGAUUCAUUGAAAAUAUCACUUACUGCGAAGCGCUCGGAGUUUACAGAUGUUCAAAUGCUUUUUCCGUUAUGGCGUGAGAUUGAGGACAACAUUGAUCAUUACGUUUCGUCGCGUGUAUUUUUCCUGUGUGAAGCAACAAAAGAUGCCGGCGACUGACGAAAUAACAAGUUAACACGAAAAUCAAAUAACACCUAAACAAACAAUUUUAGCUAUCGAUUUUCAGUGAAUUUUUAAAGAACAAUUUUCUUUUAAGUUUCAAGACAAUUUGAAGAUUCAACAUAUAUACAACGUACUAAAAUGCGAAAGUUACACACCACAAAAUUGAUAAAUAGGCCUGAAAUGAAAUUCUAUCUUGUUAUUGAUUAUACGUUGCCUAGCACGUGACUUAAAUCUACUCAGGCGGAGAUCCAAAAUGACGGUGGCAGGCUUGGCUUAGUUAUAUCACUCAAAACUCGUUCCCGUUUGUCUCAUUUGAUAAAAAGGGAAUCGUUAAUGUUUUCAUUAAGACAGUCUUGCCUUGAUUUUCUAAUAUUUACAACGAAAGACAGUAAAUUUCACUUUUCACCCACAUUUACUUCCAACCUUUUCUUUUAAACCAGAAACAAAAAUGAUAGACGUUUAAAACACAUGACAUCAUCCACCUUGUCAAAUGUAAUAGCUUGAUCAUUUCAAUUGUAAUGCCUUCUUAUCCCAACGUUACUUUGUUUCUUUGCUACAUUAGUGAACACUGAACUACUGCUCGUACUCUAGAUAUGACAAUCAACCACAAAAUUCCCUAAACCAGAUAACAUUAAACAUAGUCUAAAAAAAUCAUGUGUCAAUUCACGAGUUUGCUCACAGAGCACUUUGAUUUCACGUGUGUUGUUACGGCUUUUCUCAGGCCGAAAAUCCCUGUAUAACACCGCAGUUUAGGUGAUAACAUAUAUUUAUCUAGAGCAGGGCAUAACGGUAUAGCUCUUACGUUUGUGGACGAAACAGUUACGCGUUACAAUUUUUUGUCAGAAAUACUUUAUAAAUGCACUCAAAAUUGUUUCACGAAUUUGUGCAAAAAAGGUUUGUCUCAUUUCUCCCUUUCAUUCUCUUUUUCUUUCAGGGAGGACUGAGUUCUCAUCUCCCUUUUUUACAAACUUUAAUGAGAGGUAAUGUUUAAAUCGAACCCAGCCAACACCACUGUAAGCUCUUGUGUUCCUCAUGAACCGCCCGUUCAAAUUUUAGUUGUGAUAAUCGUUAUACCACCAGCCCCCGGUCAGGUCAUUUGAGCAGCUUUUUGGUGGAGGAGCGAUCUCUUUUUGAUUGGGGCGAACUGGAAGGUGGCGAACAUCCAAUGGAGCGACACCUCUGUAAAUCACACCGUCAACUGAACGGUAUCUAGUUACCGUGACAUAGUAAAUGCGCACUUACGAGGUCUGCCAAUAAAAGAAAGAGUUAAGGCUUCCACUUUCAAGGAAGUCAUCACUAUGCUUGAGAAGCAAGCUUUCCGACUUUUCACGGGGGGAGGAGGGGGAGGGCAGAAGAAGUCUCUUUGGAACUACAAUGACUUGAAAUAAAAUUACAAGGCUUCUUAAGAAAAGAAAACACGACGAAAAGUUUUUUCUCUACUUCCUUAUCUCAGGUUUUUCUUUGUAUGAUAUUAAAGUAAACAGCUAUUGUCUUUUACUUCUAAUCCCUCGUUUCUAAUAAAGAGGCCGUUUCCGUUAAUUUGGAUACCGCACAUGAAGAUUAGACGAAUACUAAAAAUGAAUUAAGUCAUGCAAUUAUUCAAAUCAACGCAAAUGGCAUUGUCAGUAGAAUGAAAAGAAAAUACAACAGCUGUCAACUUCGAAUUCAUACGUCGAGCGUGUUACAAAACCAGUGCAGGUAAGGGUAAUAUUUGGCGGCCUCUUCAAUGCACUCGACGUACCUCGCCUCAAUGUUUUAUCAAGAGAAAUUUCGAAGACAUUCUAUCCUGUAAUUCUCUAGAUGUAAAGAUCUACCUUCGAGUUAGUGUCCACGAAAUGUAAUAUUAAAAAGUACUCUUAAUUCCCUAAGCUGCACCACGUCAUUGAUAGGAGGAACUGUUUUCAAAUUAAGCACAAUAGUUGAGAGUACAUUGAAAAUUAAUCCAACGAGAAGCAGAUAUAACUCAUUCAAUUCAGCAAGUACGAGAACAAGAGGCACAAGCUAAAAAAAAUAGCGAGAUGGGGAAUUUUGCAAGGAUGAUGAAAACUGCUGUCGGUGUUGUAUACGUUUACUUUGCGUUCUUGGUUUGAUAUUUUCCUCGCAUUAUCCUUUUGGUUGCCCGUGUAAUUAACGGCCCCAAUAUUGUAAUAAAAAUUUUUCCCCCUAUAGACAUACGAUUGUGUUCUUCAAUUCAUUACUAAACCCUGUUAUUUACGGCUGGAGGGUGAGACAAAUUCGACACGCUAUAAUGGACUCACUACAAAAAGUAUACACUAAUCUAAGCUGUGAUUCUGGACCGUGAGAGCGAUAUGCAUUCUGCAAUUCACCUUCUCAUUCCGAGUGCGAGCUACACCGUUAUGCCACGGUCUAGAUAACUAACAUUAUUAUAUCUCUCGGUUAGUACUUGGGCUAUAACUGGUCAAUUUAGCAGGCUGUACAUCACUGUACGGCCCGCUAAACUCAAAGGUUUGUGGUGAAAACCACCUUGAAGAAUAGAAUGAACUGAAACACAUAAAAUACCUUAAAAAUAAUUCUCCGUGGCUUUCAUUUGAAUGGUCAAACGCUAGUGUUUGAUCCACAGACUUCAAAAAUACUUGGUGGUGCUUGAUAAACUGUGCACAUGGUAGAACUGCUAAAUAGCUUUCCAUGAUUCGAGCAGUAAAAAUACAGGAUGUUAUCCAAGCCGGAACCACCUUAUGCUGCACGAUAAACUGUACCACAUUAAAAUCCUACGCUAUAGCUUUCAUUUAAAUAGUCAAACACUAAUUUGUCAUCCACACCAAGCUGGAACCCCAAAGCACCUUUCAUUUGAGUGGGUCUUAUUCACGGGCGUAAAGGUAGGAAUCCUUCUCACCUCAUUGCAAACAGUACCAUAUGGAAGUUCUGUCCAUUUACAUUCAUAUGAUGGCGCAUAUAGGUUAUUCCAUUAUUUAUAGCACCACAUAAAAGUUUUCUUCUGGCAUAAACGCUCCGUUUUGUUUUUAGAGAUAAGUCCUCGCCUUAUGAGGAACUUUGUAAGCGUAUCAGUCUCUCAAGUCUUCGUGAACAGCGAUUAGCGAAAGUAUUGUCUUUAAGAUAUUAGCCAGUGAUGCAGGUCCAAAAAGCUUACGUGAUCUUAUAUCAGUAAGGUGCUCCACUUAUAACCUUAGGGGCACCGCAAUACUGGACCUCCCAAAAGUAAAAUCAACAACCUUCGGGUUAAGAUCAUGGAGAUAUGCUGCAUCGAAAUUAUGGAACGCUUUACCGGACGAGUCUCGAAAGAUACAAACAUUUACUACUUUUAAAAAUGACUUAAAAACAUUAGAUCUCACAGGACUCUAGUGCGGUGAGGAUCUAUCCUUGAUUAUAUUUACUGUUUUUCAUGAUUACAUUUUUAUACAUUUUUAUACAUUUUUAUACAUUUUUAUACAUUUUUAUACAUUUUUAUACAUUUUUUUAUACAUUUUUAUACAUUUUUAUACAUUUUAUACAUACAUUUUUUAUACAUUUUUUAUACAUUUUUACAUUUUUAUACAUUUUUACACAUUUUAUACAUUUUUAUACAUUUUUACAUUUUAUACAUUUUUAUACAUUUUAUACAUUUUAUACAUUUUUAUACAUUUUACAUUUUUGGUGACUACAUUGUUAAAUUCUUAUAUUUUAAUAUUAACUAGUUCUUAAUCUUAAUUUAUUUAAAUUUAUAACCUUCAUAAGGCUUUAUAAUUUCCUUUUCCUUUUGUCUGUAUUUCUUUCGGUUGGAAUAUGUAAAAAUGUUGUGUCUCUGAAGAUGUCUUCCAUGUUUUCAGACGAAUUUAGAAAUAAGGUAACAUGUUUCAAGCGCUCUUUAGUCUAACUGACUAUACUGUUUUGUUUAUUCAUUUUGAUAGACGAAAAUAUGUUAAUGACAGCCUUCCUUUAAAUAACUUCUUUCGGAUAUAACUCCCAUGUUUCGUUGGAAUGUCUUGAAACAUUAAACAAAUAAUUUGUUUUAGUUCUAACUAACGGUGAGUUAACGCGAUACUCAAUGCUUUUUUUCAAAACUUCAAAUGCCGGAGUUGAAGACAUCUUGACUGUACGUACAGAUGGCUUUGAUUGUGUUCUAUCCUCGUUAUUGACAGCUACAUAUUACUUAAAAUUUUUCGUUUUAGAAUUGGAAAUUAUCACAGCCGCAGUAGUUUUAACACUCAGCUCUCAUGGCGGAGAACGUUUGCGACAUUCUCAACAAACCUUCUUUCGGAACCUCUCCGGAUGUUGAAGAGUUUCGUCCGGCACUUGUCGCUUAUUAUGUCUUCCACAGCUGUUUGUGUUAUACAACCAUCAUUUUGAACAUCCUUACCAUCCAUGCGAUAAGGAAAACUGCGUUGUUGCCAAAACCUUUGAGAACAUUAUUACUGAGCCUGGCUGCCUCCGAUGUUGGCGUUGGUUUGUUGGCACAGCCGCUCCAUAUUUUUAUUCUAGUCAGCUGGUUAAAUCGAAAACGUAUCGACUGCAUUUCUUAUAAGAGAUUGAUGGCGAUUAUGAGAUUCUUUUGUGUAUCUUCGCUCUUCAAUGUUGUAACCAUAAGUGUGGACAGGUUCUUAGCUGUUCAUCUUCAUCUCAGAUAUCAAGAGCUUGUGACUCACAAGCGCGUCAUUGCAGCGGUGAUAUCAAUAUGGCUGUUAAGCGCAAUUAUUUCUUCUAGUGUCUUUUGGGAUCCAUUGCUUUUCAUCUCACAAGUCAUUGGGCUAGUGAUUAAGACUGUUUGCUUUAUUGUGGUAGUUAUUGUCCACUGGAGGAUUUAUAUAGUCUUAAAGCGACACGUAAUCCAGAUUGAAGGCCUUCAAAUCCAAGAAGUACAACAGGGAGUUCAAAAUGGCGACUUAUCAAACUUUUUGAAGCUUCGAAAGUCAGCUCUUGGAACAUUUUUUGUAUGUAUUGUGUUCUUAAUUUGUUAUUUGCCUUGCUAUAUUCUCUCUUUUUUACUCCUAACUCACCUUUUAAGUUCAAUCUCUUUUUACGAAGCUCGGCUCUAUGUAAUGACUUUGUUUUUCCUUAACUCGUCUUUGGACCCUGUUAUAUACUGCUGGAAGAUGGGACCCAUUCGUCGCACUCUCAUGGACAUAAUGCGAGGCAUCAUCAAUCGGUUCAGAGAAUAACAGUUCGUUUCUGAUACCGAUUCACAAUGCAUAAGUUAAAAGCCUCGGCCACGGUAAUGUAAAACUUGAUUUGUAAAAAGUACCUAAGGAAAACUAAUGGAUGACGAACUUUAACGGUUAGGAAAAUUACGCAAUGGAGUUUUAUAGAGCCAAGCGUAAGAAAGUAUCAGUUGCUAGUUUCAAGCGCAUUUUGUAUGAGAAAUUUAUAAAUAACUAGAAAGCUUCCUCGCUAUUCGAAUCAUUUUAAGGUUGUCAUCAAUUAAUGUAUGUAUUUGUACUUGUCGAUAUGAUAAUAAAUUUAUAACCUUGUUAAGUGUAUAGCUUGUGAAUUAAAUACAAAACGGAUUUUUAGGUCGCUUUAUAGUGUAAUAAGUGCCACGAGUUCAUCAGUGUUUUUACUAUAGUUAAAUAUAACCCACUUUGAAUAAAGCCUUUGCUUACUUACGAUCACGCAUAGACUUCUAGAAUUUAGUUGUGCGGUUUUUGAUAUAAAGAAUAAUACUAAGUUGACUUGACUUGAUGGUUGUCCAUUCGACUAAAAGUCUCAACCUUGUCAACAAUAACCCGGGCACUUACUAACUUAGGCAAAGACAGAAGGCUAUACAUUUUAUGCUAAUUACACAAAGUAGAAGGAGCUCUACGCCUUUCACUCGGACGGUUAGUCCGUUUUGAAAAAUUUAGACUCAAUUUUCACUUUUUUAAUUGUACCCUGCACCAAUCACCGCUGUUUUCGGCUAUCCUGGUUUUUUUUGUUGCUAUCUUUGAACUUUCAUCAGUGUUUUUCUGUAAACAAAUACUUAUUCCAAAAGAGAAGAUUCCCUUUGGAGCUGAAUAGACCUCAAAUUACAUGACAUAGCUUCUUAAUAACUCCAGUCGGUGGAAGACGUGUUGGCUAUGUACUCAGAAUGACGUUAGACUCCAACCUCGCUCCCAGGAGGAAGCUGGCUAGAGUCAGACCAGAUAUAUCCGGAUUGCGAAUCACACGCUCAGAUCCCCUUUAGUGCUCUCUGCCAUUCUAAGAAAAAUCAGUGAUACAUAAAGUUAACGCUCUUGUGGAAAUUCUCACUUAAGUCAGUUGCCACUAACCGAUCGACAAGGAAUGCCCAGAUUCCUCAGAUCUCCCUGUACAGAUCCACCACAGGGAAAAGAAAAAUGUAUUUUAACGUUUUGAGAGAUCAUUUAAUUUCUUAUUUCAUAUUAAUUUUUCAUUUAAUUUGUUUGUAUAUAUGUAUUUUUAACUUUACCAGCUGAUUAUUCAGAGAGAAAAAUAAAGGAAAGUCAUUUUUUUUGUUUAUCGGUAAAGUCGCGACUGGAUCUAAUUGCUUCGGAGUAGCUGACAGAUGGACUAAAAUUUUCGACCAAUCACUUUACAGUGUAAAGAGAAACUAAUACAAUCCCUGAUUGUCUUUGACACCGCUCAUUUGCAAACUACUCUUUACCUCUGGACGAAAUAAAUUUAUAGUCCUGUCAUUGGCCGAUUCGUUGUUUUUCAUUCCUUCGUUACUUUCUGAGCCUAACAGGCUAAAGUCUUUAAUAUUCUAAACACAAUAUUGUAUUUUUCACACUUAAUUUACAUCUAUUGAUGUCACAAAAAAGCCGGCCCUCAUUUUUAAUUUACAUCUGUCGUCAGCAUAAACAAUAGUCAAACUCCUGUAUUCUUUUUGUUUGGCGCUUGAUGCAGAAUGAUUGUUUGAUAAAUGUGUUAUCUGUAUUUCUUUCGGUUGAAAUGUCUAAAAAUAUUACAUGGCCAUUGCUAGACUUUUUCGGAGCUAUGUGCAGCUGUUCAUGAACUGAAAUGGAUCCGGGACUUGUGAGGAGGUAGUCAAAGUGAGAGCCGAACGCGGUUUGCGUCUGUAAAGGGGGGAGGGCUAUCUGUAAUAAUCUACCACCGGAAAAUAUUCCCAAGCUACGCCAAAACGAUUAAAAAAUAAACCGGUAUUAUCGCAGUUUAGUAAGUUUGCCGAAGAUUCUAAAUACCUCCGAGAUCCGCCACAAAUGAGUGCAUAAUUUAUUCGUAAUAAUUAUUUGGGUCUCUCUCCCCACCCCUCAUCAACCAUAAAAUAUUUGGUCUCUGAAGUGUAUUAAGUGUUUUCAGGCGAACUUAAUAAUAAAGAAGUAUAUGUCAAGCGCUCUUUAAUUUAACUGACUAUAAUGUUUCGUUUAUUCAUUUUGAUAGAUGAAAAAUAUGUUAAUGACAGCCUUCCUUCAAAUAACUUUUUCCAGGUAUAAAUCCCAUGUUUAGUUAAAAAAUGUCUUGAAGUAUUAAACAGAUAAUUUGUAUUAAUUCUAACGAACGCUGAAUUAAAGCGAUGCUCGAUGCUUUUUUCAAAAAUUCAAAUGCAGGAGUUGAAGACAUCUUGACUGUACGUACAGAUGGCUUCGAUUGUGUUAUAUGCUUGUGAUUGACAGCUACAUAUGAAUUCAAAUUUUCCGUUUUAGAAUCGGAAAUUAUCAGAGUCACAGUAGUUUUAACACUCAGCUCUCAUGGCGGAUAACGUUUGCGACCUUCUCAACAAAUCUUUUUUCGGAACCUCUACGGAUGUUGAAGAUUUUCGUUCGGCACUCGUCGCUUAUUGUGUCUUCAACAGCUGUUUGUGUUAUACAACUUUCAUUUUGAACAUCGUUACCAUCCAUGCGAUAAGGAAAACUGCGUUGUUGCCAAAACCUUUGAGAACAUUAUUACUUAGCCUGGCUGCCUCCGAUGUCGGCGUUGGUUUGUUGGCACAGCCGCUCCAUAUUUUUAUUCUAGUCAGCUGGUUAAAUCGAAAACGUAUCGACUGCAUUUCAUAUAAGAGAUUGAUGGCCAUUAUGAAAUUCUUUUGUGUAUCUUCGCUCUUUAAUGUUGUAACCAUAAGUGUGGACAGGUUCUUAGCUGUUCAUCUUCAUCUCAGAUAUCAAGAGCUUGUAACUCACAAGCGCGUCAUUGCAGCGGUGAUAUCAAUAUGGCUGUUAAGCGCAAUUAUUUCUUCUAGUGUCUUUUGGAAUCCAUUGCUUUUCAGCUCACAAGUCAUUGGGCUAGUGAUUAAGACUGUUUGCCUUAUUGUGGUAGUAAUUGUCUACUGGAGGAUUUAUAUAGUCUUAAAGCGACACAUAAUCCAGAUCGAAGGCCUUCAAAUCCAAGAAGUACAACAGGGAGUUCAAAAUGGUGACUUAUCAAACUUUUUGAAGCUUCGUAAGUCCGCUCUUGGGACAUUUUAUGUAUGUAUUGUGUUCUUAAUUUGUUAUUUGCCUUGCUAUGUUCUCUCUUUUUUACUCCUAACUCACCUUUUAAGUUUAAUCUCUUUUUACGAAGCUCGGCUCUAUGUAAUGACUAUGUUUUUCCUUAACUCGUCUUUGGACCCUGUUAUAUACUGCUGGAAGAUGAGACCCAUUCGUCGCACUCUCAUGGACAUAACGCGAGGCAUCAUCAAUCGGUUCAGAGAGUAACAGUUCGUUUCUAAUAUCGAUCACAACGCAUAAGUUAAAAGCCUCGGCCAUGGUAAUGUUAAACUUGAUUUGUAAAAAGUACCAAAGGAAAACUAAUGGAUGACGAACUUUAACGGUUAGGAAAAUUACGUAAUGGAGUUUUAUAGAGUCAAGCGUAAGAAAGUAUCAGUUGCUAGUUUCAAGCGCGUUUUGUAUGAGAAAUUUAUAAAUAACUAGAAAGCCUCCUCGCUACUUGAAUCAUUUUAAGGUUGUCAUCAAUUAAUGUUUGUAUUUGUACUUGUAGAUAGGAUAAUAAAUUUAUAACCUUGUUAAGUGUAUAGCUUGUAAAUUAAAUUCAAAACGGAUUUUUAGGUCGCUUUAUAGUGUAAUAAGUGCCACGAGUUCAUCAGUGUUUUUACUAUAGUUAAAUAUAACCCACUUUGAAUAAAGCCUUUGCUUACUUACGAUCACGCAUAGACUUCUAGAAUUUAGUUGUGCGGUUUUUGAUAUAAAGAAUAAUACUAAGUUGACUUGACUUGAUGGUUGUCCAUUCGACUUAAAGUUUCAACCUUGUCAACAAUAACCCAGGCACUUACUAACUUAGGCAAAGACAGAAGGCUAUACAUUUUAUGCUAAUUACACAAAGUAGAAGGAGCUCUACGCCUUUCACUCGGACGGUUAGUCCGUUUUGAAAAAUUUAGACUCAAUUUUCACUUUUUUAAUUGUACCCUGCACCAAUCACCGCUGUUUUCGGCUAUCCUGGGUUUUUUUGUUAUCUUUGAACCCAUCAUCAGUGUUUGUCUACCGCAGCAAACAAAUACUUAUUCCAAAAGAGAAGAUUCCCUUUGGAGCUGAAGAGACCUCAAAUUACAUGACAUAGCUUCUUAAUAACUUCAGUCGGUGGAAGCCGUGUUGGCUAUGUACUCAGAAUGACGUUAGACUCCAACCUCGCUCUCAGGAGGAGGCUGGCUAGAGUCAGACCACAGAUAUCCGGAUUGCGAAUCACGCGCUCAGAUCCACUUUAGUGCUCUCUGCCAUUCUAAGAAAAAUCAGUGAUGCAAAAAGUUAACGCUCUUGUGGAAAUUCUCACUUAAGUCAGUUGCCACUAACCGAUCGACAAGAAAUGCCCAGAUCCCUGAGAUCUCCCUGUACAGAUCCACCACAGGGAAAAGAAAAAUGUAUUUUAACCUUUUUAGAGAUCAUUUAAUUUCUUAUUUCAUAUUAAUUUUUCAUUUAAUUUGUUUGUGUGUAUAUAUAUAUAUAUAUAUAUAUAUAUAUAUAUAUAUAUAUAUAUAUAGGUAAUUUAGUGUAAACAACUGAGUUGAAAACAUAAAUUGGCCACCGUAAAGAGUGUAAAGGCUGACGUUUCGAGCGUGAGCUCAUCGUCAGAGCGAUUGGAGGAAUUGUGGGUUGUAUGUGGGUUUAUAUGCAGACAAUGGAGCUACGCUAUUGGUGGAAAUGUGGUGACGAGAAAACAAGAAUAAAUUAGUUGGAUGAAAAGCGCUCGUUGAUACCGUGGGGAUUAAGAGUGCCGAUUUGGAAGAAACAUUUUUGUUCUUGUGUUUUGCGGCUUUGCGAGCUGCCUAAAUGUAGGGAAAGGCCGGAAACUGCCAUAUGCUUUAUAGAAUAAGUGGGGAGAUUAACGUGUCUAGCGACUGGUUUGGCUGCGUCCUAGUCAUUUCUUUCAACUUCGCCAAGGUGUUCUCAGAAUCGGCCACGAAGUAGUCUGUAUUCAUAUGAUUGCACGUAUAGAUGGUUGCACAAUACAUUGCACCACAUAACACUUUUCGUCUAGUAUAAUGGCACAAGAUUCAGAUUCAGUUUUCUUAAACGCUGAAUUAUUAGGGUUCUGCUUUUUUCAAUUCUACCUGAAUUCAACACUCUCUAUUUGCAAUAGUGGACAAAUUUUUUAACUUUACCAGCUGAUUAUUUAGAGAGAAAAAUGAAAGAAAGUCAUUUUGUUUGUUUAUCGGUAAAGUCGCGACUGGAUCUAAUUGCUUCGGAGUAGCUGACAGAUGGAGCAAAAUUCUCGACCAAUCACUUUUCAGUGUAAAGAGAAACUAAUACAAUCCCUGAUUGUCUUUGACACCGCUUAUUUGCAAACUUCUCUUUACCUCUGGACGAAAUAAAUUUAUAGUCCUGUCAUUGGCCGAUUCGUUGUUUUUCAUUCCUUCGUUACUUUCUGAGCCUAACAGGCUAAAGUCUUUAAUAUUCUGAACACAAUAUUGCAUUUUUCACACUUAAUUUACAUCUAUUGAUGUCACAAAAAAGCCGGCCCUCAUUUUUAAUUUACAUCUGCCGUCAGCAUAAACAAUAGUCAAACUCCUGUAUUCUUUUUGUUUAGCGCUUGAUGCAGAAUGAUUAUUUGAUAAAUGUGUUAUCUGUAUUUCUUUCGGUUGAAAUAUGUAAAAAUAUUACAUGGCCAUUGCUAGACUUUUUCGGAGCUAUGUGCAGCUGUUCAUGGACUGAAAUGGAUCCGGGACUUGUGAGGAGGUAGUCAAAGUGAGAGCCGAACGCGGUUUGCGUCUGUAAAGGGGGGAGGGCUAUCUGUAAUAAUCUACCACCGGGAAAUAUUCCCAAGCUACUCCAAAACGACUGAAAAAUAUGCCGGUAUCAUCUCAGUUUAGUAAGUUUGCCGAACAUUUUGAAUACCUCCGAGAUCCGCCACAAACGAGUACGUAAUUUAUUCGUAAUAAUUAUUUGGGUCUCUCUCCCCACCUUUCAUCAACCAUAAAAUAUUCGGUCUGCAUUAGGUGUAUUCAGGCGAAUUUAAUAAAGAGACACUUGUCAAGCGCUCUUUAAUUUAACUGACUAUAAUGUUUCGUUUAUUCAUUUUGAUAAAUGAAAAAUAUGUUAAUGACAGCUUUCCUUCAAAUAACUUUGUUCAGGUAUAAAUUCCAUGUUUAGUAAAAAUGUCUUGAAGCAUUAAACAGAUAAUUUGUUUUAAUUCUAAGCAACGCCGAGUUAAAGCGACACUCGAUGCUUUUUUCAAAAAUUCAGAUGCCAGAGUUGAAGACAUUUUGACUGUACGUACAGAUGGCUUUGAUUGUGUUCUAUCCUGGUUAUUGACAGCUUCAUAUGACAUAAAAUUUUCCGUUUUAGAAUCGGAAAAUAUCACAACCACAGUAGUUUUAACGCUCAGUUCUCAUGGCUGAAAACGUUUGCGACAUUCUCAACGAGUCUCUCUCUGGAACCUCUGCGAAUGUUAGAGGUUUUCGUCCGGCACUUAUCGCUUUUUGUGUCUUCAACAGCUUUUUGUCUUAUACAACCAUCAUUUUGAACAUUGUUACCAUCCAUGCGAUAAGGAAAACCGCGUUGUUGCCGAAACCUUUGAGAACAUUAUUACUGAGCCUGGCUGCCUCCGAUGUUGGCGUUGGUUUGUUGGUCCAACCGUUCUACAUUUCUACUUUGGUCAGCCUGUCAAAACAAAAACGUAUCGACUGCAUUUACCACAAGGGAUUGUCCGCCGUUAUUAAUUUCUUUUGCAGAUCCUCCUUCUUUACUGUUGUAAUCAUAAGUGUAGACAGGUUCUUAGCUGUUCAUCUUCAUCUCAGAUAUCAAGAGCUUGUGACUCACAGGUGCGUCAUCGCAGCGGUGAUAUCAAUAUGGCUGUUAAGCGCAAUCAUUUCUUAUAUUGUCUUUUGGAAUCCAUUGCUUUUCAGCUCACAAGUCAUUGGGCUCGUGAUUACGACUCUCUGCCUAAUUCUGGUGGUAAUUGUCUAUUGGAGAAUUUAUAUAGUCUUAAAGCGACACAAAAAUCAGAUUGAAGGCCUUCAAAUCCAAGAAGUACAACAGGGAGUUCAAAAUGGCGACUUAUCAAACUUUUUGAAGCUUAGAAAGUCAGCUCUUGGAACAUUUUAUGUAUGUAUUGUGUUCUUGAUUUGUUAUCUGCCUUUCUAUAUUCUCUCUUUUUUACUCUGGGCUCGUCCUUUAAGUACAAUCUCUUUAUACAAAGCUCGGCCCUUUAUAACAACUUUGGUUUUCCUCAACUCGUCUUUGAACCCUGUUAUAUACUGCUGGAAGAUGGGACCCAUUCGUCGCACUCUCAUGGACAUAAUGCGAGGCAUCGUCAAUCGGUUCAGACAAUAG